UUCCUAUUCAGGUACUGGCCAUCGUAUAAGGUAAGAAGCAGCGCCGGGCUGCGACCUGCGUCCCCCCUCUCCGACAGCAUGUCAAACUUUAGUCAACCCUCCGAUUUCGCAGCUUUUCGCAGGUACAAGCAAUGGGAAUCCGAACACCACCACUUGGAGAGCAUCCAACCUCAGCAGAUAGCCGGACCGCAGCAUCCCGUAUCCCAAGCUCGGCGACCCCCCCUGCAACGUCCAUCUCCGACUCGUCCCCAGACUCGACAAGCUCCUCACCAGAAUCCUUCCGAGUUGUCAAUACUGUUUCAAUACUUGAAUGAGUUGAAAAAAAGGGUAGAUGAUAUAUAUACAGUACUUCGUAAUUUACAGACAAUGUCAGAAGAAACCAAGACGACGCUCGUGGAAAAUAUGGAAAGAAUGCAUGGGAAUCUGGAAAGAUUUGAGGUUUUUGGCAGAAGCAUUCUCAAUAAAGUCUCGCAAUCAUCGAACGGCUCUUCAGCUCAGCCGCAGGCCUCUUCUAACCCUCUACCCUUUACUCAACACCCGCCCCAAGAGCAAACCUCCAACCCUCCGCCCUUCAACCAAUACACAUCUCAACAACAGACAACCUCCUCCCAGCCUCACAACCAAUAUGGCGAAGGGCAGGAUGUCGCUCAGAAUACAUCGGCAUUCGUCGCCUCAUCCGGUGCCUCACAACCCUCAUAUGUCCCACCACCUCCGCAGGUUCCUGACCCAUACGCAGACCAAAACUAUGUAGAUUAUAACGUUUUCAGUGAGUUUUUGGCAGGCGAUAGUUAGAGCCAAGGUGGAUGUGAACCAAUAGACUCUUUAUAGAUACCCCAGAAUGCCAGCCAGUCUUUCUCUGCACUUGCAACAUUUGCCUCAAUUGUGAUGAGACUAUUUUCAAUCAUCGUGAUGGCCCUUAUGACUUCGUCCGCUAGCAUAAUGGUCCCAGUCCAAGUCAUCCGGCGAAGUUCGAUCUCAUCCUCAAGCGCCUGAUUCUCUCUCAUAUAACACUCAAUCGUACGGUACUCUUGUACCCUGGUGUCCUCCGAGACCUUGCGAACCAGACUGGCCAUUAUCGAUAUAUCAUCGCUGUACACGCUUGAAGUCGGGCGAGGAUUCGGUUGCGGAAUCGGGUGAGAUCUCCAGUCCAUCGGAAAUGCGUUCCCGCUAUGUGGAAUCGUAUCAGGAAUUGGGUCCAUCGUUAAAUAAUCUCUUGGAUGCAGAAUCCAAAUCUUGUUGAUGGCAGAUUUG